AUUGCUUAAUUCCAAACUUGUGCACGGAUACAUGAAUUUCGUAAUCUUAGCUACCUAGUCAACGGGGCUCGAUCAGCUCUCUCUCUCUUUUUGUUUUGUAGCGAAAUGGGAAGGGCUCCUUGCUGUGAGAAAGUCGGCUUGAAGAAGGGGAGAUGGACUUCGGAGGAGGAUGAAAUCUUGAUCAACUAUAUUCAGGCCAACGGGGAAGGGUCAUGGAGGUCAUUGCCAAAGAAUGCCGGGUUACUGAGAUGUGGAAAGAGCUGCAGACUGAGAUGGAUUAACUACUUGAGAGCCGACCUGAAGAGGGGAAACAUUUCUGCUGAAGAGGAGCAAAUUAUCAUAAAGUUGCAUACUUCAAUGGGAAAUAGGUGGUCUCUAAUAGCAAGCCAAAUGCCUGGAAGAACGGACAACGAAAUAAAAAAUUACUGGAACUCUCACUUGAGCAGAAAGAUUCAUACGUUCAGGAGGGUUUCCCGUACCGAAACCCUACCGACGAUCAUGGACUUAGCCAAGGUGGACUUACCUGUUAAGCGAAGAGGCGGGAGAACCAGUCGAUGGGCCAUGAUGAAGAAAGACAAGAAAUACAUCCAUAAACAUGUUGGGAUUCCGACGACAAAACCUAAAGAUAGCACUGUGAAUACAACAGUAUCAUCAAUCCCAUCGCCCCCAACAACAGCGUUGGUGAAAGAGACCACCUUGCAGUCCACCGCCGUGAUAGACGAUUGCAUGGUUUCGGAUCAUCCAGAUCAGGUUAAUUACAAGGAGAGAGACAGCAGCCUGGUUUUGUGCCCUGAAGAGGAAAAGAAAUAUGAGAACCAAGUGGUACUGUUCCCAAGUGGUCAUGAGAAAGAGACUGAAACUUUGGGACCAUAUGAUCAUGAGUUCGGCGACAUUGAUGGGGUUUGGUUGGGUUUUGAUUACAAUAUGAGCAAUGGUUUGAUGGAUUCAAAUGGGAUUCUAACUUUAAACGAUAAGGGGAAUCCCGAUCAUCAUGAUGUCAUCGGUACUAUUCAUCAUGAUGUUGAGAAGAAAGAUAGUACAGGGUUCGUGUGUGCAAACAAGAUGGCGAUGAUGGCGGCUAGUGAGGAUCUUGAGAGUGUUAAUUACAGUUCAAAUGGAGAGAGUGGGGAAUGGUAUUCCUGCUCUUCAAUGGCUUCUGGUUUUGAUGAUGGGGUUGAUAAUUGGGAAUGGGAGGGUGUUGUACAGGGAAAUGGGAUAUCGGAUCAAAAUGAGAGUAUGUUAUCCUGGCUGUGGGAGAGUGAUAACUUGGAAGGUGAUAGUUCUAACUUGGAAGGUAUAGAUCCUGACAAACAAGAUGCUAUGGUGGCUUGGCUCCUAUCCUGAAAAUGCUCUUUCUUUCUUCUUCCUUUUUUGGAAAUCAUGAUUAUGAUAUCUUUCUUGUAUUUCUGGAGUGCCAUUUUUUUUUCCAAAUUAUACUGCCUUGAAUUGUUAAA